AUGGAGGGGCGCAAAAGAGGAGAUACGUCCACCCAGUACCCACAAAUACAAACAGUCAUAGACCAGAAGCCGUAUUUCAGGAAGACACUCAAGGACAACCUCCUGGUCUUGCUCACAGUGCUGGCGGUGGCCGUCGGUGUCGUCCUGGGUUUGAGUCUGCGGUCUCGGUGGAGACAUGAUGAGUACAGGAAACUCUUCUAUCUGGAGUUUCCUGGUCGAAUCCUAAUGAACAUGAUAAUGAUGAUGAUCAUUCCAUUGACCGUGUCCAGUCUGGUCACUGGUAUGACCAAUUUGGGAAACUUCCAGUCCAAGAAUCUGGGAGCCCUGGCCAUGGCCUACUACACACUGACCACAUUUCUGGCCACGGUGGUGGGUAUAGUCCUAGUGGUGCUGGCUCGACCCGGCUACAGCAGCGCCAGCAUGCCAAGCACUGACGGCUUCUCCAACAACACCAGGAUUGUCGAUAGUCUGCUGGACAUCAUCAGCCAGUGUUUUCCUACAAAUUUAGUGACCGCCUGCUUUCAGAAGGAAAUGACAGUGAUAGAAUUAGUGAAAUCUGACAGAAAAAACCAAACAGGACACAAAAUCACUGUCUACCUGGAGAAGCCGACGAUUGGAAUCCAAAAAGGCACCAACGUGCUGGGUCUGGUUGUGUUCUCCAUCGUCCUCGGGUUGGCCAUCAACCACGUGGGAGACAAGGGAAAGCCAGUGGCAGAUUUGUUCGAAGCUGUGAAUACGAUCACCAUGGUCUUGAUGGAAGUCAUUCUCUUGUACCUACCAAUAGGCAUCAUGUGCCUGGUGGCCACCCAGUUCAUCGCCGCCAAAGAUAUCUGGUCUAUUGUAGCAGGACUGGGCAGGUUCAUGGGCGUGGUCGUUGCCGGGCUGGUCAUCCACGGCAUGAUAGCCCUGCCUCUGAUUUACUUUUUCUGUACCGGAAAGAACCCGUUGCAUUUAGCCAUCAAUACAUCGAGAGCUUUGGCGACCGCCUUCAGCACGUCUUCGAGCAGCGCCACACUUCCGGUGACCAUGGGCUGUCUCAUCAACAAAUGCAAUCUCAGGAUUGACGUGGUGCGGUUUCUGAUUCCUAUAGGGGCCACAAUCAACAUGGACGGCACUGCCUUGUAUGAGGCUGUAGCAGCGAUUUAUGUCGCCCAGACUAACAACUGGGAAUUGGGAUUUGUCGAGCUGUGCAUCGUCAGUUUAACUGCCACGGCCGGCGCAGUGGGAGCAGCAGGCAUCCCCCAGGCGGGACUUGGGACUCUGGUGAUCGUGCUAACAGCAGUCGGACUUCCCAUUGAGGACGCGGUACUUUUACUGUCAGUGGACUGGCUCAUGGAUCGUCUGCGGACAAUGGUCAACGUGUGGGGUGAUUGUGUGGGAGCUGGCAUUCUGGAUCACAGAUUGAGAAAGGCCAAGACUGCUCGUUCUGACCAGGUUCUUGCUCAAGACGAUCUGUCGCACGAGGCAGUGAUGGAGGACGCUGACAAAACCUAUACAAGUGACCACACACCUGGCGGGUCAGGGAAAAUGACAGUGGAAUCAGCUAGGAUAGAGAUGCCAGCAAGCCUAACUCCGUCCGGAGGCGAAUUCAAACCAAGCGUGAUACUUUAA